AUGUUCGGCAUGGGUGCGGGCGUGCGAGCCCAGCCCCGUGGCCGGCGGGCUCAGGAGCGGCUGCAGGCGUGCUCAGGAGAGCGAUGCCGUGCCGGGUUUGCGCUGUUGCACGGAACACACGGGCAGCGCUGGCACGCGCGACGGCCGCGCCUCGUCUAUUUCGACCGCAGCAAAGGCCGCCAGGCCAUGUGUCGCGCCCGCCAGCUGCGAGGGCGCAUGUUGCGCAAUUUGAUUGUCAGGACAACGCGCGGUGGUGAAGAACGGUCGUCGGCGGCCAAGACUGGGAGCGAGAAGGCUGGGCGGAUUGGCGGCGAGCGGCCCUCACCACCUGCUGCAUCAUCGCUCGCCUUCUUUCCCUCAACAUCACCCCAAGGCGCGCACGCCGACCACACCCACCCCUCGCCACCGACCGCCCAGACGCUCUCUCCGCACCCUGUCGACGCACAGCGCGCCCUCGCUGCCUCGCCCCACCCCGCUGGCCGACGAACAAAGCCGCUCCGCGGAUUGCACCUGCCUGCGCCGUUGCGCGUUGCCUCCGCCGCCUGGCUGCCGCACUCGAGCGCCCCGGCCCCGCGUCCCCGCCCCCAGACCAUCGCAGCCUCCACGCAGCACCUCCCGCAAUUUUCCAAAAUACCGUUGGCCGAGCGCAAGGCGGAGGACGGGCUUGAGGGGGUGCAGGGGAGUUACGGCGACGGCGCCGACGGAGCGAAGGGGAGGAGUAUGCCCGGCAUCGUCUCGAUGGAUCGAAAUGGCGCGCAGGGCGCCAGCUUGGGCAAGCUGGACGACAGAGCGCUGGCCGCAUCCGCGGCGGCGCACUCCAAGCUCAAUGGCGACGUUCCUCUGCCGCACGUCGACCGUCCUUCCGACAUGAACGGCAAAGCCACCACCAACGGCGCAGCCUCGCAGUCGCAAUCUCCGCCUGCCGACCUCUCGCAACUGCCACCGGAGCUGGUUCACUUCACCGAAUUCUACAUGCCCUUCGGCAAGCUCGUGGAGCGCGUCGCGCAAGAGACAAACGUGUCGCUCAGUGAGCUCCUGGAUAAAAUGAGUAACCUGCAAAUAUCAUCCACUCCUGCGAUAAAUGGCGUCAAUGGACACGCCGUCAAUGGGGCGGCACCCCAGUCCCGGGAUAACGAGGAAAAGAAGACGUUGAUGUUGAACUGGGCAUGGGGAGAGAGGGAAAAGUUCAUCAAGCUUCUAGUGUUGUCGAAGUGGAGUCGCAGCUGUGAAGACGUGAGCAAGAUGAUAGACCUGAACGCGUGGUUGACGGAGCAAAUGAACCAUUAUGAAGAGGCGCCUAAAUGGAUCGGCCAAUUGAAGCUCAACAUGGACCUUGCAAAGGCUCCUAACCCGGAUCUCAAGACUGCGCUCGAGGUGCUCAGCACCGGAAAGGCCCCUUGGAUGCCAGAUUUGGGCUACCUUCCCGCCGAACCACUGACUCCACAGCAAAUGCUCAAGACCGUCACCAAUCUAAAUGCGCUUUUGGCCAUCCGCAUCAAUCUGCAUGAAGAGCUUCCGCGGCAAAUGAAAGACUGGUCCAUUGCGAGCGGCCGCGCCACAUUUCGUGUCCCGUCUGAAUUCCAGCUCGACGUCUCGAUAGCGGAUGAAGACCCCUCAUCCUCGUUCUUCAUUGUCGACCUACAAUUCCUUUUCUCCCCGAAGCCAGAAGUUCCCGAUGGAUGGUUCCGAGACUGGGUGGAACCGCAAGCGAACCUUGUUUUAGCUAACACGGGCCUGAGCGGGAUCUACGACUGGUUACAUGGCUUUGUGCUCACCCAUAAGCUCACAACGCUCAAGAUGCAAGCCUACGAGCUUGCGCAUACAUCAUGGGCCAAUUCCAUCCAUGUGCAACAGGUCCAUCGCUCAUUGACGGUGCAAUACUGGACCGGUACCUCUGGGGCAAAGAGUUGGAUUGAAAUUGGCAUUUCCAGCGGCAAAUCCAAGGACGGCAAAGUAUCCUGGCGUGGUCCCAGUCCGCCGCAGCUCACCCUUCGAUGGACGCGUAAAGGUGUGCCGGUGGAAACCAUUCCUCUCAAGAUCGAUUGGACCGAGCUGUCUUUGGAGAACAUAUUGAAAGCUAUCAUCGCCUUGCAUAUCAGCUUCAUCUUGGAGUCGAUUCGCAACCAGUUAUCCACCCUAUCCGAGAAGCGAUCUGGCUUGUCUAUGGAAACCAUCACUUCUCCUGCCGAACCGGCUGACUGUUGCUUGCACUUACGACCAGGCCGCACGUCCAAGGCGACGGAAGUGAGGAUAGACCCGAUUUCGGGAGGACUAUCUCUACGGCCAGUAACUCCGUUCUCAUUGCACCUGGAAAGGACCAUGAAAGACAUUGCUAUGGAUGCCGCUUCAAAGAUUGAGACAUUGAUUUGUAACGAUCUCCAGAAUCGUGUUGACAAGGAGGCCUACAACGUGGGCUGGACAAAACUCACACACAUCAAUAUUCGACCCGAAGCUACGAGCGCAUCAGUACAGCAGAAGGUAGUUGCUCAGAGUUUUUAUCGCUGUCCAAACUGGCUGUCGAGAUGGGUGCUGGGUUUAACCGUGAAUCUCGACGGAGAGAACUGGUGGAUUUUAGAGCUAUCUAACGAAAGCAUCGGCAACGGUAUCCAGGAGGUGAUUCCGCUUUUGGGAACCGCCCCUUCUGGAAGGAAACAGCCGUUGUCCUACAAAUUUCUCCGCGCCGUGGAGGAGAUUGCCAGUGCUCAAUUCACAUUUGCGAUUGCCAUCAAAGAGCUCAGACGGAUGCAUGUGCCGAAUGUACUCCGCAUCGUCCGCGAUCAGAAGAGGAAAAAGAACCCUACAGAUCGCCCUGUCCCACAAGUUACGCCAGCACUAUUCAUCAAGAGCGGCCCUCUCCUUGGCGAGAAGGAGGGCCACAACAGUUGGGCUGGCGAGAUACUAAGGCUCCACCACAAGGGACUAGACACAAAUACCGGAUGCGUUGUUCAUGCCGUCAAGGGUCAGAUGUCACAAGGGCACGUUGACUUCAACCUGGUAUCAUCACAGGCGGGAGAUGUUUCCUUCAACAGCGAUGGCACCUUUGAGGUCAGGUUGAGAACGCCUUUUGGCGAGCCCUUCCUCGAAAAGAUCAUCAACCGCCUGAAGCGCAUCGAGCGUCUUGGUAGGAUCGUUGAUGUUGCCAAAGACCAAAAGCUGCCCUGCUCGGAGAUCAGCCUGUCCCGCGUUGUAUUCCGCUACUGUGGCAACUACAAGGCCGACAUUCGCUUCCCCGAGGGCUCGCCGGUUGAGCUUCACAUCUCCCCGAACAAUCCCCAUCGCCGAGUUGCAGCAUUCCUCAAAAAUGUGCUGAACCACCGGGAUAGCAGCAAGGCAUUUCCUUAUUUCAUGAAAAUCCUUUCUCAAACCUUGCCGCUGCUUAGAGGGUUUGAGGCGAUGGAAAGCAGCGCACCUGCUCCUGCCUCUAUGCCUCAGCCGUACAUCAACCCUCGCAGCUUGGAUUGGUAUCGAAUCUGCUAUGAAAACCCCAUGACUACGUUUGAUAUCCGGUUACGAACACGACAUGACAGCAUGGAAUGGCACAUUCACGAUUCGACGAAUCAGCAGGCUCACCCCCGCUCCCCGGAAUUUGUUGCGGCAAUGAAGGACGUUCUCAAGCAAAGCGGCGACAAGUGGAUAGGCGUGAGGACUGGCAUCGUCGCGAAGAUCGAAGGUGUGGAAGGUGCACUGAAGAAACUGGAUGAAGUGGUCAAGAAACACCAAAAGCCGGUUGUGGACAGGCCAGUCGGUGGUGCUGGCCCGGCACAGCAAGUGACGGGGCCUAGCCAGCAGAUCAAGCCGCAGACGCAAGGUCAGGCGAAGCUGCCGAAUCAGCCGCCAGCCAUCAAACCCGAUCCCGAAGUCAUCAUGCUAGAUUGA